AUGGCCAAACAGCGAACAGCAGCCGCAGCCACAGGCGCGCGCGCCAUGCGCCCAGCCCUCGCCCAUCCUCACCCGUCCUCACCCAUCCUCGCCCCAUCCUCACCCAUCCUCGCCGCGCUGUGCCGGCGAGAAUGUCUGUUGCCCGCUGUUGCAUUUGGCAACACUUCUGGGAUAGCCCGUGGGGUUCAGAGUGAAGAGAUGCGACCUGCUGAAAAAGGAGUCGACUCCGGCGGUUCUGUAACGUCGCGUACUCUAACAGCUGGGGAGCGCUGGCCGCCCUUCCGAGUGCACGAAGAUUCAUACGAGGAAUGCGUCAUGCGGGGCGGGCUGCCGUCGGUGCGCGACAGCCUGACGCACCCGGUGCACGUGUACGAGGGCGACGACGCGCUGGUGACGUGCGUGGUGCGCGACGCCGGCGACAACACGGUGCUCUGGAAGAAGGAGGACCGCGAGCGGCACUCGCUGCGCGUGCUCACCGCGGGCGAGGCGCGCGUCACCGCCGACCGCCGCUUCGACGUGCUGCACGACGCC